AUGCCAGAGCAGCGGAUCCUCCUCAUCCUCCAUGGCAUCUGCUGUGGGCUGCAAGCCAUCCACAGCAAGGGCUACGCACACAGGGACCUCAAGCCCACCAACGUGCUGCUGGAUGAGGAUGACCGGCCCGUGCUGAUGGACCUGGGCUCCAUGAACCGAGCUCGCAUUGAAGUCAGCAACUCUCGGGAGGCCAUGGCCGUGCAGGACUGGGCUGCCCAGCGCUGCACCAUCUCCUACCGUGCCCCCGAGCUCUUCACGGUGCCGAGCCAGUGCAUCAUAGACGAGCGCACAGAUAUCUGGUCCCUAGGCUGCGUGCUGUACUGCAUGAUGUUUGGGGAGGGUCCCUACGACACCAUCUUCCAGAAGGGCGACAGCGUGGCUCUGGCAGUGCAGAACCCCAUCACCGUUCCCCCCACGACCAGGUACUCGGCCGCCUUGCAGUGCCUGCUCUCCUCCAUGAUGACACUGAACCCCCAGGAGCGACCCAGCAUAGAUGAGGUCCUCCACCAGCUGGAGGGGCUGCAGCCAGCGCCGGCGGGCCAGGACACCACACAGAUCUGA